CAAGAACGCCGACGUUUUUUCGGACAGGCCGCACUCACUCCUAAAUGACUUCCUUACAAAAAGGAAAGGUUUGAUUGCAACCUCUGGUGAUCUUUGACGCGAACAAAGACGCUUCGCCCUCAACACUCUGAGGGAGUUCGGAGCAGGCAGGAAUAUCAUGGAGGACAAAAUACACGAAGAAAUCUCACAGUUUCUCGAGGCCUUCGAGACAGAACGGGGACAAGGGUUUGACUGCCAACGUCUGGUGCAAAAUGCAAUUUCCAAUAUCGUCUGCUCUAUUAUUUUCGGAAAGCGAUUUGAAUAUUCUGACCCACUUUUUGUACAAUUUUUGAAAGCCAUUGGCGAAGUUCUUGCCAUCAUAGGUGCAGCUAGUGUGGCGGACAUGUUGCCUAUUGUGCGCUUUCUCCCUGGGGAUCUGUUCAAAUUUAAGAAGGCAAAGCAGAAUAGCGAUACCAUCAUUUCACUUCUUAUAGAGCCUAUGAUAAAAGAGCAUUUGCAGAACCAUGAUGGGGAUAACGUUGACGACUUCAUCCACGCCUACAUCAAGGAAAUGCGAUUUCGGAAAGAAAAAGAAGUGGAGACGAAAUUAGAUUUGGAGAACCUGGUCAUGGUUAUUAGAGACCUAUUCGUAGGAGGGACAGAAACUACUUCCACUACAAUUCGAUGGAUUCUGGUCUACCUACUCAGUAACCCGGAUGUGCAGGAGAAGUGUUUUCAAGAGAUCAAGGAACACAUCGGCCAGAGCAGACGACCUACCAUGAAGGACAAGACCAACCUGCCCUACGUGGAAGCAACCAUUAGGGAAGCUUUGAGACUAUCAGAUAUCAUCCCUACAUCUCUCCCACACGCUGUUCCCCAUGAUGUCCAGUUUAGGGGAUACACGUUCCCAAAAGGUGUACAGGUCAUAGUGAUGCUUGAUUCCGUCCUACAAGACCCGGAUGUAUGGGGUGACCCAGAAAGCUUCCGGCCUGACCGUUUCCUUGACGACAGUGGCAAGAUUAUUAAGAAAGAAGAAUUCAUUCCGUUCUCUCUAGGUCGAAGGGUGUGUUUGGGUGAGUCGAUGGCCCGGAUGGAGUUGUUCCUCUUCCUGACCACCAUGAUCCAGAGGUUCAAGUUUGUCCCCGUGGACGGCCAGAUGCCUUCCUUGGAUGGACUUAUCGGCAUAACUCAUUCCCCAAGACCAUUCGUCAUGAAAGCAAUUCAAAGGAUUUGAGCGUGACAACCCAAGAAAUAUUUCAGCUUCCCGAACAUGUUUCAAUUGUGAUGCGUCGAAUAUCAAACUCAGUCAUGCCCUAGCGUGAAUCAUUCUUAUUUUCCGAAAGUAUUUCCAUUAGAAACUACAUGUUUUUGUCAAGUGAGGGUCACUGGAAAAAGUCCACAUUUACAAGCGUGUAAAUGUCUCGUAAAGAUGAGGUUUACAAGACAUUUACAAUUUUGGAAAGAUGAGGUUUACAAGACAUUUGCAAUUUUGUAAAUAUGAGAUUUACAAAAAAUUACAAUUUUGGAAAUGUCCACAAAGGGAGAUAACUGGUUGGUAAUGAACUCCUCCAGUAUGUAAAUGAAUGUUCUUUUGUACGUCUCAAGACCUACUGCCUUGUUAAUUGAUGAGUGAGUCAAAUCAGUUAAGACGAAUAAUGUCAUGCUUCUCUCAGAGUGACGGAAGUUAAUUUAUAUAGCAUUUCUUAUUAAAUUAAAUAUUUCUUUUUCGUCCGAACAGAAUUCACAUAU